AUGCCUGGUUUGGUGGCACUAGGAAGGCGAUGGUCUUUGGGUAGUGAUGAUUUGGUCGUGCCUGGAGCCGUGCUGUUUACGCUGCACCUUGGCUGGCUCAUCGUCCUGUCAGUCAUCCUUGGGCUCGACCAUCCUCAGAAUGACGAAUGCUCUGCCAGUCUCCGAAACUACAUCGUCGGUUACUUGGUCAUUCUCUCAGCUUGUCUGUUUGUGGAGGGAUUGAUCGUCUUCAUCAGUCUCAGGGGAACGAUAUUCUACACACGGCCUCGAUCGUCGAUGGAAUAUUUGCUGUAUGGUCGAACAUUUCUGCUUUUGCUGUGUCUGCUUUGGACAAUUCUUGGCAUAGUAUGGCUGACCCAGUGGUUUUCAAACUGCCCGGUCAUGUUAAUCAAGAAUUCAGUACUAGGUAUAGUUGUGUACAAUAUCCUUCUGUUCAUUCUAAUUAUGGCAAGAGCCUGGUGUCUCUUUGACUCUGCCGGGAGGAGCUUCGUCAAGUUGCAGAGGACGGAGAAGCAAUGUGCAAUUCGACGGUCUGCGAGUCGGGUCGAGAGGAACAGAGUAAGACAAAUAAAAACUAGAGCACUGUAUGACCGCAAUUGGGAGAAGCGUUUUCAUCGGUAUUGCUGUUGUAUUCAAGUACAAGAAACACAGGAGAGCGCGUUCACUGAGAUCGGACUACUCUUCUCGGAUUUCUUUCGUGAUCUUGACAUUGUGCCGUCUGACAUUGUCGCUGGGCUGAUGCUGCUUAGAGAGGAACAGAAACAAAGCAGGCGGGCCACCGAGACCAACCCAAACAACAAAGUCUUGAAGUUUCUCUCCGGGAUACCAGUCAUGCCGGACACCAAGUUUGUGGAUUUCAGCAACCAUGAUGAACGCCAAGAGUUUGAGGAGCUGAUUUAUUAUUACAAGUAUGCUGCAGCAGCCUACGGCUGGCCUGGGUACGCCAUGUUCCAUCCAACUAAAGGAUGCUGCCAUCUCAUUGGUAGAUGCUCAUGCUGUCGUGGUUCUUCCGGUAGUUUUGACUAUCUAGACCUUUCAGACGAUAAUUGCUGCCGUUGUAACUUCACUGCCCUUAAGAAACUCAGCGGACUAGAAGACGCCGACGUCAUCUAUGCAACAUUCCACUCUGCGGUUAGUACCAGCCUCCUCUGCGAUCAACCCCGUGGCCUCAGUACAGAGUUCGGCCUGGACAUGGAGGGCCUUAACCUGGUGGGCUCUACCACUGUCGAUAAUAGGGGUUGUUCCAGAGGGGCCACCAUGGCCUCGGAGUCUGGGAUCUGCCUGGAAACGAGCUUAUCGUUCCAGGAGGAGAUGGAUGAGCGGUGCCUGAGAGGAGCAGAAGGUGGCGGUGGUGGGGUAAACAAGCGAGGGCGCUCUGCACGAUCGUCAUUCCCAUCAUGCAUGGCGUGUCUUUGUCCGCAACGUAUCCCAGAAUGCCCCCCUUCCCGGCGUUCAUCUGCGGCGGGUAGCAGUGCUGAGAAUGUGGCUUCGACCACUGCUACGGUGUGGGAGACGCCAUUCUUCGUCGCCUUGGAUCACUCAAGAUGUAAGGUGAUUGUCUCAGUGCGAGGCACGUUGUCUAUGCAAGACUGGCUGACAGAUUUAACCGCUGACACCUCAGAGAUACCACUGGAGAACUGUCCCUCUGAUUGGUUCGGACACAAGGGGAUGGUAGGGGCUGCGUUACACAUCAAGAGGAAACUUCAGGAAGAGAUGAUCUUAUCAAGAGCAUUCACACAUGAUCCGGUGAAAGGAACCCAGAAUUAUGACCUGGUCUUGGUGGGACACUCGUUAGGUGCAGGCACCGUGUCCAUACUCAGUUUACUACUCAGGCCAGACUAUCCAAAUCUGCACUGCUACUCGUACUCACCUCCCGGUGGUUUACUCAGCAUGCCAGCAGUGGAGUACUCCAAGAAGUUCAUUACGUCCUUGGUCGUCGGGAAAGACAUCGUAGUGAGGAUGGGGCUCUCUCAGAUGGAGAGCCUUAGAACGGAUCUCCUAGACUGCAUCAAGAGGAGCACAGACACAAAGUGGAAGAUCAUCUUUGACGGACUACUCUGCUGUCGGGAGAUCAACAGCAAGAAUCUUACACCGAGAGAUUCAACCGAUUCCCCCUCCCCUCCGAGAAUGACCAAAGCCGUCCACCCGACCAACCUCUCGCUCCUACUCACUACCCACAAUCCCUUGUACCCACCAGGGAGGAUCUUGCAGAUUGUACGCACAAAUCCUAAGAGGGAAGGACUGGAUAAGCGAGACUGUGCCUGGUAUGCUGUAUGGUGCAAGAAUACAGCAUUCGAUGAAGUGUUAAUAUCACCAGUAAUGAUUGGGGACCAUCUACCUAACAAUGUCAUGAACGCCUUACAAAAGUGCCUUAAUUAUGGAAGACUUCAUGGCCCUCCCAAGUUUUCAAACAGAGAGUCCUAUAGACCAAAAAAUUCACCUCGCUCAUCUUCAAAGUCCACGGGGGAGAGAUGUUCUACACCUUCCAGUACGUCCUCACCUUCAUCAUGUAUAAACAUGGGUUCAGCGAUCCCAAACAAUCCUGUUCCUGAUAUGAACUCUAACACGGUCCCGCCGUGCAGGAAUGAAAAGACUUCCACAACGAUCUCCAAGCGGGCUUCGUAUACUCAGCCCAGCACCACUGCAGGCUGCCCGGAGGGUAUGCAAAGGGCUGGGAGCUCUUCCCCCGUGUUUGCCUCCUGUGAGAGUCUACCGACUUUCCCUGGGUACGACGAAACGGACGGUAAAGCGCCGCUGGCUCGGUUCGAUACGAUGUCCGAGAUCGGAUCUAUGUCGUCAUUCCAGAGUGUACCCAUGGAGCCAAUUAGAUCGCAGCUCUCGUUUAGAGUCCGCGAUGGUUAUUGCUACUAUGUGAAUGAGGACGUCAAAACUCCAGUGUCGCCAUUUCAGCUGCAAACCAAAUUUGAUGAGAGCCUUGACCCAAAUAAUCGGAUUGUGACGACUGCAUUUAUCGAGCCCAAACCGGUCAGGACCGGUCUGAACGCUACUGAGCAGCUGAAACUGCAUCGGGAUGGGAGCACUAAACUCCUUGACCGCUAUGGCAAUAUUAAAGGCAGAACGUCCACAAAUGAUAGAUACACAUUAACGUAUGAUAGUGGAUCACAGAACUCGGUGAACAAAGAAGGCGCCGUUCGGCCAGAGCAGCUCGUGUUCAUAGGCACCAAUGGAAGUAGUUUCACAUCAUCAGGCAACUUAUCAUCCGACCACAGCCCUGAGGCACUCCUCGGUCAAGCCUACACCUGCUAUCAUUCUCUCUCCUUCGACAGUAGUCAAGACUUUGAAGACGAUAUCCCGACUCCAACUGGUACCCUGCGGCCAGGUGGUUCCUACCUUUACGGCCAAGUACCCAUGGAAAACACGGAGCUUCUACAGAGAAACAAUGAAGCAGGUGGUGUUACUAUGGAAACGGAUGACUCGCAGAAGAGGAAGGGACCAAGGAUGUCGGCGCCGUCGGAGAGAAUUCAACAAUUGCGGGAAAAAUAUGGAGAGACAAAAUGUUAAAAGAAAGUUUUGGGGCUUUGUCCACACCACGACUUAGGCUGCACUUCCAGGCUCUUUUUAAAGUUAAAGCAUCAUGUAGAAUGCGCUCUGCUCCAAAAUCGAAGACAGAGCCCAAGCCUAAGCCAGAGACAAAGCCUUUGGAAAAGGCUCUAGGUUUUUACAAAUUGUUAAACUCACUGUCCAACAAAACCUAAUUUCUUAUGACUCCUCACCAGUACAGAAAUAACUUGUCCUAUUAGUUCAGAUUAUAACACACCUCUUGCUUGUUCAGUAUUCUGGUUGGCUGAAACACGGUCACGUGGGAUGAACUAAAAUAGUCUAGUGAUCACACAUGCAUGUUUUGCGAGAAUAGUACCUGGGCGGGCACUGGUCUUUGAAAAUAGUGCCUGGUUACAGCGCCCUCUCUUGACUUAAACCGUGAACAGCAACUACAAAAC